AUGGCUCAAUUCCAACACCCGUUCCAGUGCUUGCGCUAUGUCGCCAGACAGCCGGCUGGCUUGUCCGAUGUGUUCAUUGGUUCUGCGGGCAAAAAUAUCUAUGUGUAUGCGGCAGCCAGUGGCCAGCGCCUCGACGUGUGGCCGCAGAACGUAGAUACCAGCGCCGAGAAAACGGACGCAGCCUCUACUACCCAAGACCAAUGUCCGCCAGAAAAGAGAAGGAAAAUCUCUCCGGGCUCUGAGGAGCAGAAGAAUGGAGAAUCUAAACAAGCUCUUUCUCCCACUUGGUCCAACAUACCCAUUGUGGUGACAUCCUCCGACGGAAAAUAUGUAGUGGCCGUCACUGCGGAGGACAAGAGUGUCCGAGUCUUCAGCUUGGGAGAGGAUAGCCAGAUGCAGCAAUUGAGUUCCCGGGUACUGCCCAAACGGCCGAGUGCACUGGUUUUGACACACGAUGACCAGACUAUUGUGUGCGCCGACAAGUUUGGGGAUGCUUAUUCUUUCCCGCUGAUCCCCAGCGGGGAGUAUAUCAAGGAUCACGCCCAGGUGAAGCCAUAUCAACCGGCUGCCACCUCGCUCACGGUGCAUACGAAGCGCAAUCUGGAAUCACUCGAGCAACAGCUGCGACAAGCGGAACUGUCGAAAAGGGCAGAAGAGAAACCUGCUCUGAACUUUGAACACCAGGCAAUACUGGGCCAUGUCUCCUUGCUGACCGAUUUGAUCUCUGUGACUCUGCCCGCGGGCUCACCCUCGAGUCGCGCGCGAAGCUACAUCCUAACCGCCGAUCGCGAUGAGCAUAUCCGAGUCUCUCGCGGUGUCCCUCAAGCGCAUGUCAUUGAACAAUACUGCCUGGGCCACACUUCUUUUAUUAGCAAGCUCUGUGUUCCUUCCUGGGCUCCGCAGAAGCUCAUUUCCGGUGGCGGCGACAACUUCCUUCUAUUGUGGAACUGGAUUGAAGGGCAGGCCCUUCAGACGGUUCCACUGGCUGAUGCAUCGCAAACGUCAGAGGUCUCGGUUCACGAUAUUUGGGAUAUCUCCCUGAUACCAUCGGCAGGCGCGACUGAACCGGUGAGGGUUAUUCUGGUUGGGCUUGAAGGGUAUGUGUCUGUCGUUGAUCAGAAAUAUGUGUCAGCAUCUAACGGAGAGAACAGGUCCUCGCAGCUUCUCUGCUAUACCCUGGACAACGAAAGCCUAAAUCUUCAAGACACAAUCCAGCUUUCUGGGAAUGUGCUCGACGUAGUGGGCAUUGAUUCCAGAGGCUUGAUCUUGGUCUCGGUGGAUACAGUGCGGGAACCUGACUCAACACAUUCGUGGAAGUCGGCCCCCUCCUCCCCCCAGACGCUUCUUGAAAGCUUUCGCGUCAACCUUGGCCCCGACAGUCUGAAGUGGGUCCCAGUUGAGGACUCAAUGGCUGUGAAGAUCAAUGCCGAGGGCACCGCCAGCUUUCCCACAAUCUUGGAGGAGAAGCUGAAGAGGGAAUUCGACGAUGCAUUGUAUAGUCUGGGCAACCUCCGCAAGAAAAAGGGAGAGGAGUAA